ACGAAAUCCAGAGUCCACGAGUGUUGCUGGUUCUACGAGCGUAGCUGGUUCCACAGAGCCGUCAACGAUGACCUCCAGAGUCCACGAGUUUUGCUGAUUCUACGAGGGUUGCUGGUUCAUGAGUGUUGCUGGUUCCACAGAGCUGCCAACGAUGUCCUUCAGAGUCAAAAGGUGAGUGAGAGGAAAGUGAAGUCACAAGGUGGGCCUUGCUCGUACUCAAGUGUAAACGAGCAUUAUAGGUUCAGCAGCCAGAAGAAAUAUUUGAGAAUGGGAAUAUUAAUUUUUGGUGAAUCACACUGUUAUUUGCCCGACGCAUAUCACAUAGGCGUUCUUUUCUUGCAAAACUAAAGUCCCUGCCUCGUGUUGAAGUUUACUUGCGAUGAUUGAUUAUUGGGUUUGUUAAUGCCCUAUGUUGAUUUGUGCUUCUAUCAUGAUGAGUUAUUAUGUUUGGUGGUAAUUGGUGGUAAUUAUUACAAUUGGUGCACAAGGUGCAAAUUUCGGUUAAGUUUAUUUUGAUAUUAUUAUUGAGUUAUGGCUGGCAAUUCUGGAAACACGGAUACCAGUCUUACUAAUCUGAAGUUGACCUCUGUUAAGCUCGAUGGGACCAAUUACCCUUCUUGGUCUAUGGCAGUCGAAACGUAUCUUUUAGCCACCAAACAGCUGAGUUAUCUGACUUCAUCUCCACCUACGGAUAAAACAAAGGAGGAUGAUUGGCGUUCUGGCGAUGCUGCUAUUCGAACAUUGUUGUGGAAUACCAUGGAUUCCAAGAUUAGUCCUCAGUUUAUGCAGUGUACAUCAGCCAAAGCUAUUUGGGACAAAUGUGCUCUUAUGUUUUCGGGUCGUGAUAAUAUGACCCGUGUUUGUGAUGUGUGGGAGGAGCUAUUUGACCUACGUAUUGGAGACAUGUCUGCAUCUGACUACUAUUCUAGAUUCACCACCCUUUGUGAGAAAUUGGAUACUUAUUUGCCUACCACUGAUGACAUUAGAGAGUUGGCUAAGCGCCAACAGGAUAUGAGAGUCGUGUUAUUUCUCCGGGGGCUUGGUCCUACUCAUUCUUCUCUCCGACAACAGAUUAUCUCCCAGGGUACUCUUCCAUCAGUAGAUGAGGUCUUUUCUCGGGUCCUUCGAUGUGUGCCUGACUCAUUAUCAUCUGCACCUGUAGCAAGUGCUAUGGUCUCUCAGUCUUCUGGUGGCCGUGGAGGCCGAGGACGUGUUCCUCGGGGUCGUGGCAGGUCUGUCUUUUCUCUUGGUCGUGGCCGAGAUGGUGGUAGGGGUGCCGGAAGUUCUCGUUAUUGCAACCAUUGUCAGCGAGCUGGCCAUACUGAGUCUUAUUGCUAUACCCUACAUCCUGAGCUUCGUCCACGGGCUGCUUAUGCCGAAGCAGUAGAAUCUCCAGUACAAAAGGUUCCUGAUAAGUCACAGGAGUUACCUAGUACCAUUAUGCUGACUCGCGCCGAGUAUGAGUCCUUAGUGCGUCACAACCAGGUGGUGGAUUCCUCUGCUCCUACUGCUACUUUGGCACAGACUUCUUCAGGUAGUCCGUCCUGUUUACUCUCUUCUGCGCCCACUUCCUGGGUCGUAGACUCUGGUGCUACAAAUCAUAUGACCGGAUCUGAGGACCGGACGGAUGAUUGGUGGCGGACAUGA